AUGCCACAAAUUCCUCCGCGGGAAGCCGGCGAAGCAGGCGUCAUCAGUUCCACUGCACCAGAAGUACCAUCGGAACCAGCGCUGACGCAAGAGGAACUCGAUCACAUCGCCUACAUUCAGAAACUAGCUGAAGAAACAGCACUAACCUUCCAACCGCCACCUCGUCCACCACCUCCAUCAGCAUCUGUUGAAGAGUUGAGACGGGAUUCGAUUGCCGCAAAAGAACUCGACUAUAGGGAAGAACUUCGACAAGAAUCGAGAGAUGAGUCCGAGGCAACUUCAGGAGCGGACCAAUUAGCGGCUUCUGAGGCCGGUUCUCCAGUUCCUCUGUACGAGCGAACUUCACCACUGCUGGAGGCGGAUCAUGAGGAAAUCGUAGAACCAGAACUACCAUCCAUGCCACAAAUUCCUCCGCGGGAAGCCGGCGAAGCAGGCGUCAUCAGUUCCACUGCACCAGAAGUACCAUCGGAACCAGCGCUGACGCAAGAGGAACUCGAUCACAUCGCCUACAUUCAGAAACUAGCUGAAGAAACAGCACUAACCUUCCAACCGCCACCUCGUCCACCACCUCCAUCAGCAUCUGUUGAAGAGUUGAGACGGGAUUCGAUUGCCGCAAAAGAACUCGACUAUAGGGAAGAACUUCGACAAGAAUCGAGAGAUGAGUCCGAGGCAACUUCAGGAGCGGACCAAUUAGCGGCUUCUGAGGCCGGUUCUCCAGUUCCUCUGUACGAGCGAACUUCACCACUGCUGGAGGCGGAUCAUGAGGAAAUCGUAGAACCAGAACUACCAUCCAUGCCACAAAUUCCUCCGCGGGAAGCCGGCGAAGCAGGCGUCAUCAGUUCCACUGCACCAGAAGUACCAUCGGAACCAGCGCUGACGCAAGAGGAACUCGAUCACAUCGCCUACAUUCAGAAACUAGCUGAAGAAACAGCACUAACCUUCCAACCGCCACCUCGUCCACCACCUCCAUCAGCAUCUGUUGAAGAGUUGAGACGGGAUUCGAUUGCCGCAAAAGAACUCGACUAUAGGGAAGAACUUCGACAAGAAUCGAGAGAUGAGUCCGAGGCAACUUCAGGAGCGGACCAAUUAGCGGCUUCUGAGGCCGGUUCUCCAGUUCCUCUGUACGAGCGAACUUCACCACUGCUGGAGGCGGAUCAUGAGGAAAUCGUAGAACCAGAACUACCAUCCAUGCCACAAAUUCCUCCGCGGGAAGCCGUUGAAGCAGGCGUCAUCAGUUCCAGUGUACCAGAAGUACCAUCGGAACCAGCGCUGACGCAAGAGGAACUCGAUCACAUCGCCUACAUUCAGAAACUAGCUGAAGAAACAGCACUAACCUUCCAACCGCCACCUCGUCCACCACCUCCAUCAGCAUCUGUUGAAGAGUUGAGACGGGAUUCGAUUGCCGCAAAAGAACUCGACUAUAGGGAAGAACUUCGACAAGAAUCGAGAGAUGAGUCCGAGGCAACUUCAGGAGCGGACCAAUUAGCGGCUUCUGAGGCCGGUUCUCCAGUUCCUCUGUACGAGCGAACUUCACCACUGCUGGAGGCGGAUCAUGAGGAAAUCGUAGAACCAGAACUACCAUCCAUGCCACAAAUUCCUCCGCGGGAAGCCGGCGAAGCAGGCGUCAUCAGUUCCACUGCACCAGAAGUACCAUCGGAACCAGCGCUGACGCAAGAGGAACUCGAUCACAUCGCCUACAUUCAGAAACUAGCUGAAGAAACAGCACUAACCUUCCAACCGCCACCUCGUCCACCACCUCCAUCAGCAUCUGUUGAAGAGUUGAGACGGGAUUCGAUUGCCGCAAAAGAACUCGACUAUAGGGAAGAACUUCGACAAGAAUCGAGAGAUGAGUCCGAGGCAACUUCAGGAGCGGACCAAUUAGCGGCUUCUGAGGCCGGUUCUCCAGUUCCUCUGUACGAGCGAACUUCACCACUGCUGGAGGCGGAUCAUGAGGAAAUCGUAGAACCAGAACUACCAUCCAUGCCACAAAUUCCUCCGCGGGAAGCCGGCGAAGCAGGCUUCAUCAGUUCCACUGCACCAGAAGUACCAUCGGAACCAGCGCUGACGCAAGAGGAACUCGAUCACAUCGCCUACAUUCAGAAACUAGCUGAAGAAACAGCACUAACCUUCCAACCGCCACCUCGUCCACCACCUCCAUCAGCAUCUGUUGAAGAGUUGAGACGGGAUUCGAUUGCCGCAAAAGAACUCGACUAUAGGGAAGAACUUCGACAAGAAUCGAGAGAUGAGUCCGAGGCAACUUCAGGAGCGGACCAAUUAGCGGCUUCUGAGGCCGGUUCUCCAGUUCCUCUGUACGAGCGAACUUCACCACUGCUGGAGGCGGAUCAUGAGGAAAUCGUAGAACCAGAACUACCAUCCAUGCCACAAAUUCCUCCGCGGGAAGCCGGCGAAGCAGGCGUCAUCAGUUCCACUGCACCAGAAGUACCAUCGGAACCAGCGCUGACGCAAGAGGAACUCGAUCACAUCGCCUACAUUCAGAAACUAGCUGAAGAAACAGCACUAACCUUCCAACCGCCACCUCGUCCACCACCUCCAUCAGCAUCUGUUGAAGAGUUGAGACGGGAUUCGAUUGCCGCAAAAGAACUCGACUAUAGGGAAGAACUUCGACAAGAAUCGAGAGAUGAGUCCGAGGCAACUUCAGGAGCGGACCAAUUAGCGGCUUCUGAGGCCGGUUCUCCAGUUCCUCUGUACGAGCGAACUUCACCACUGCUGGAGGCGGAUCAUGAGGAAAUCGUAGAACCAGAACUACCAUCCAUGCCACAAAUUCCUCCGCGGGAAGCCGUUGAAGCAGGCGUCAUCAGUUCCACUGCACCAGAAGUACCAUCGGAACCAGCGCUGACGCAAGAGGAACUCGAUCACAUCGCCUACAUUCAGAAACUAGCUGAAGAAACAGCACUAACCUUCCAACCGCCACCUCGUCCACCACCUCCAUCAGCAUCUGUUGAAGAGUUGAGACGGGAUUCGAUUGCCGCAAAAGAACUCGACUAUAGGGAAGAACUUCGACAAGAAUCGAGAGAUGAGUCCGAGGCAACUUCAGGAGCGGACCAAUUAGCGGCUUCUGAGGCCGGUUCUCCAGUUCCUCUGUACGAGCGAACUUCACCACUGCUGGAGGCGGAUCAUGAGGAAAUCGUAGAACCAGAACUACCAUCCAUGCCACAAAUUCCUCCGCGGGAAGCCGGCGAAGCAGGCGUCAUCAGUUCCACUGCACCAGAAGUACCAUCGGAACCAGCGCUGACGCAAGAGGAACUCGAUCACAUCGCCUACAUUCAGAAACUAGCUGAAGAAACAGCACUAACCUUCCAACCGCCACCUCGUCCACCACCUCCAUCAGCAUCUGUUGAAGAGUUGAGACGGGAUUCGAUUGCCGCAAAAGAACUCGACUAUAGGGAAGAACUUCGACAAGAAUCGAGAGAUGAGUCCGAGGCAACUUCAGGAGCGGACCAAUUAGCGGCUUCUGAGGCCGGUUCUCCAGUUCCUCUGUACGAGCGAACUUCACCACUGCUGGAGGCGGAUCAUGAGGAAAUCGUAGAACCAGAACUACCAUCCAUGCCACAAAUUCCUCCGCGGGAAGCCGUUGAAGCAGGCGUCAUCAGUUCCACUGCACCAGAAGUACCAUCGGAACCAGCGCUGACGCAAGAGGAACUCGAUCACAUCGCCUACAUUCAGAAACUAGCUGAAGAAACAGCACUAACCUUCCAACCGCCACCUCGUCCACCACCUCCAUCAGCAUCUGUUGAAGAGUUGAGACGGGAUUCGAUUGCCGCAAAAGAACUCGACUAUAGGGAAGAACUUCGACAAGAAUCGAGAGAUGAGUCCGAGGCAACUUCAGGAGCGGACCAAUUAGCGGCUUCUGAGGCCGGUUCUCCAGUUCCUCUGUACGAGCGAACUUCACCACUGCUGGAGGCGGAUCAUGAGGAAAUCGUAGAACCAGAACUACCAUCCAUGCCACAAAUUCCUCCGCGGGAAGCCGGCGAAGCAGGCUUCAUCAGUUCCACUGCACCAGAAGUACCAUCGGAACCAGCGCUGACGCAAGAGGAACUCGAUCACAUCGCCUACAUUCAGAAACUAGCUGAAGAAACAGCACUAACCUUCCAACCGCCACCUCGUCCACCACCUCCAUCAGCAUCUGUUGAAGAGUUGAGACGGGAUUCGAUUGCCGCAAAAGAACUCGACUAUAGGGAAGAACUUCGACAAGAAUCGAGAGAUGAGUCCGAGGCAACUUCAGGAGCGGACCAAUUAGCGGCUUCUGAGGCCGGUUCUCCAGUUCCUCUGUACGAGCGAACUUCACCACUGCUGGAGGCGGAUCAUGAGGAAAUCGUAGAACCAGAACUACCAUCCAUGCCACAAAUUCCUCCGCGGGAAGCCGGCGAAGCAGGCUUCAUCAGUUCCACUGCACCAGAAGUACCAUCGGAACCAGCGCUGACGCAAGAGGAACUCGAUCACAUCGCCUACAUUCAGAAACUAGCUGAAGAAACAGCACUAACCUUCCAACCGCCACCUCGUCCACCACCUCCAUCAGCAUCUGUUGAAGAGUUGAGACGGGAUUCGAUUGCCGCAAAAGAACUCGACUAUAGGGAAGAACUUCGACAAGAAUCGAGAGAUGAGUCCGAGGCAACUUCAGGAGCGGACCAAUUAGCGGCUUCUGAGGCCGGUUCUCCAGUUCCUCUGUACGAGCGAACUUCACCACUGCUGGAGGCGGAUCAUGAGGAAAUCGUAGAACCAGAACUACCAUCCAUGCCACAAAUUCCUCCGCGGGAAGCCGGCGAAGCAGGCGUCAUCAGUUCCACUGCACCAGAAGUACCAUCGGAACCAGCGCUGACGCAAGAGGAACUCGAUCACAUCGCCUACAUUCAGAAACUAGCUGAAGAAACAGCACUAACCUUCCAACCGCCACCUCGUCCACCACCUCCAUCAGCAUCUGUUGAAGAGUUGAGACGGGAUUCGAUUGCCGCAAAAGAACUCGACUAUAGGGAAGAACUUCGACAAGAAUCGAGAGAUGAGUCCGAGGCAACUUCAGGAGCGGACCAAUUAGCGGCUUCUGAGGCCGGUUCUCCAGUUCCUCUGUACGAGCGAACUUCACCACUGCUGGAGGCGGAUCAUGAGGAAAUCGUAGAACCAGAACUACCAUCCAUGCCACAAAUUCCUCCGCGGGAAGCCGGCGAAGCAGGCGUCAUCAGUUCCACUGCACCAGAAGUACCAUCGGAACCAGCGCUGACGCAAGAGGAACUCGAUCACAUCGCCUACAUUCAGAAACUAGCUGAAGAAACAGCACUAACCUUCCAACCGCCACCUCGUCCACCACCUCCAUCAGCAUCUGUUGAAGAGUUGAGACGGGAUUCGAUUGCCGCAAAAGAACUCGACUAUAGGGAAGAACUUCGACAAGAAUCGAGAGAUGAGUCCGAGGCAACUUCAGGAGCGGACCAAUUAGCGGCUUCUGAGGCCGGUUCUCCAGUUCCUCUGUACGAGCGAACUUCACCACUGCUGGAGGCGGAUCAUGAGGAAAUCGUAGAACCAGAACUACCAUCCAUGCCACAAAUUCCUCCGCGGGAAGCCGGCGAAGCAGGCUUCAUCAGUUCCACUGCACCAGAAGUACCAUCGGAACCAGCGCUGACGCAAGAGGAACUCGAUCACAUCGCCUACAUUCAGAAACUAGCUGAAGAAACAGCACUAACCUUCCAACCGCCACCUCGUCCACCACCUCCAUCAGCAUCUGUUGAAGAGUUGAGACGGGAUUCGAUUGCCGCAAAAGAACUCGACUAUAGGGAAGAACUUCGACAAGAAUCGAGAGAUGAGUCCGAGGCAACUUCAGGAGCGGACCAAUUAGCGGCUUCUGAGGCCGGUUCUCCAGUUCCUCUGUACGAGCGAACUUCACCACUGCUGGAGGCGGAUCAUGAGGAAAUCGUAGAACCAGAACUACCAUCCAUGCCACAAAUUCCUCCGCGGGAAGCCGUUGAAGCAGGCGUCAUCAGUUCCACUGCACCAGAAGUACCAUCGGAACCAGCGCUGACGCAAGAGGAACUCGAUCACAUCGCCUACAUUCAGAAACUAGCUGAAGAAACAGCACUAACCUUCCAACCGCCACCUCGUCCACCACCUCCAUCAGCAUCUGUUGAAGAGUUGAGACGGGAUUCGAUUGCCGCAAAAGAACUCGACUAUAGGGAAGAACUUCGACAAGAAUCGAGAGAUGAGUCCGAGGCAACUUCAGGAGCGGACCAAUUAGCGGCUUCUGAGGCCGGUUCUCCAGUUCCUCUGUACGAGCGAACUUCACCACUGCUGGAGGCGGAUCAUGAGGAAAUCGUAGAACCAGAACUACCAUCCAUGCCACAAAUUCCUCCGCGGGAAGCCGUUGAAGCAGGCGUCAUCAGUUCCAGUGUACCAGAAGUACCAUCGGAACCAGCGCUGACGCAAGAGGAACUCGAUCACAUCGCCUACAUUCAGAAACUAGCUGAAGAAACAGCACUAACCUUCCAACCGCCACCUCGUCCACCACCUCCAUCAGCAUCUGUUGAAGAGUUGAGACGGGAUUCGAUUGCCGCAAAAGAACUCGACUAUAGGGAAGAACUUCGACAAGAAUCGAGAGAUGAGUCCGAGGCAACUUCAGGAGCGGACCAAUUAGCGGCUUCUGAGGCCGGUUCUCCAGUUCCUCUGUACGAGCGAACUUCACCACUGCUGGAGGCGGAUCAUGAGGAAAUCGUAGAACCAGAACUACCAUCCAUGCCACAAAUUCCUCCGCGGGAAGCCGGCGAAGCAGGCGUCAUCAGUUCCACUGCACCAGAAGUACCAUCGGAACCAGCGCUGACGCAAGAGGAACUCGAUCACAUCGCCUACAUUCAGAAACUAGCUGAAGAAACAGCACUAACCUUCCAACCGCCACCUCGUCCACCACCUCCAUCAGCAUCUGUUGAAGAGUUGAGACGGGAUUCGAUUGCCGCAAAAGAACUCGACUAUAGGGAAGAACUUCGACAAGAAUCGAGAGAUGAGUCCGAGGCAACUUCAGGAGCGGACCAAUUAGCGGCUUCUGAGGCCGGUUCUCCAGUUCCUCUGUACGAGCGAACUUCACCACUGCUGGAGGCGGAUCAUGAGGAAAUCGUAGAACCAGAACUACCAUCCAUGCCACAAAUUCCUCCGCGGGAAGCCGUUGAAGCAGGCGUCAUCAGUUCCAGUGUACCAGAAGUACCAUCGGAACCAGCGCUGACGCAAGAGGAACUCGAUCACAUCGCCUACAUUCAGAAACUAGCUGAAGAAACAGCACUAACCUUCCAACCGCCACCUCGUCCACCACCUCCAUCAGCAUCUGUUGAAGAGUUGAGACGGGAUUCGAUUGCCGCAAAAGAACUCGACUAUAGGGAAGAACUUCGACAAGAAUCGAGAGAUGAGUCCGAGGCAACUUCAGGAGCGGACCAAUUAGCGGCUUCUGAGGCCGGUUCUCCAGUUCCUCUGUACGAGCGAACUUCACCACUGCUGGAGGCGGAUCAUGAGGAAAUCGUAGAACCAGAACUACCAUCCAUGCCACAAAUUCCUCCGCGGGAAGCCGGUUGA